AUGCAAAAACCUUUAAAUGAAAAUCUGUGCCAAAUAUCACUUCCUGAAGGUUUAGAAGAACUUAUGUCUGAUAUAACAAGGGAAGUACUAAGAGCUCAACCGCAAAACGUCUACAGUUUCAUAGCUAAUUAUUUGGGAGCCUUACUUGAAGUCCGAAAUAACAUCUCCAUUGCUGCUCAAAUAUGCAAUAAUAUAAACGAAAGUUGUUACCAACCAGAAUUGGUUGAGGAGCUAAGAAAUAUCGGUCUCAUAGAUGAAGACGUAGACAAAACUGCGGAUAUUAUUAAAGAGUAUUUGGAAACUGAUAAAGUUAAAGAAACAAACUUAUUUCUGCAAAUAUUAAGAAAAACCAGUAUACAGGAGAGUCAACUAGCGGCAAUUCAAAGUGCAGUGCAAAGGGCUUUUCGAAAAAAUCGAUUAAGCCAACCUAAGAUAAAUUCCUGUAAAAAAAAUACAGCAUGUGAAAUCGCAUCAUCAACAUCUCUCGCCGGAUCUUACGUCGCACUUCCGAGGCAUGUACCAUAUUCGGCACAUGACAACCUUUCUAUUAUAUCAGAAGAUAGUACAGUAAGUUCUGACACAGAAAAUAUAUCAGAUAUUUGUGUUGAUGAGGUUGAUGAUGAAAGCGAUACUUCAUCAUUAAAAAAUGUAACCUUUGCUAUGACUUAUUCUUAA